UAAUGCGCCGACAAUCCAGCAAAUCCAACAGUUCGCUAAAACUUUCCUUUCAGUACAGUCAAGUUUCCGCCAGACAAUGAGAAAAUUCUUGAUUUUUGUGGCCCUGUGCGCCGUAUGCACGGCGGCUCCAGCACCGGCUGACAUUACAGAAACUGAAAGUGAUACUGUCCGCGCUAUUCCGGCUAUUUGGAGGGAACCGGCGGCGAAAUCAACUGGACUCGAGGCCGUUCUGGUCGAAUCCACGAAACCAAAGCGCGAGUCACCAGCAAAACCAGCUCAUGAUGAACCAGCCGUACCCGAGCCCCUUAUUCCACUCAUUGAGCCGGCUGACAACAAGUCAGCGCGCCAUCAGCGUGACAUUCCAGUGCCCACGCAGGUGAAGACCACAGCUGCACCAAAUGAGGAACAGGAAAAAACCACCGCGGUGGAGGACGUGAAUGCGCACGUGCCGGAGGAAGGCAGCAGCGCCCGUCCACUGCUUGUUUAUCCAGUGCCCAUUUCUGAGGUUUUGAACAAGCCCAAGACCACCGCCGAGCCCAGCAGCAGCAGCAGCGGCGGCAGCGGCGGCAGCUCUGAAGAGAGCGAGGAAAUCAAGACCUAAGUCACGAGCUCGACUUUCCUGUUACGAAAAAGAAAACAGAUCGAAGUCGUAACAAAUAAUUACAAAUGUACAAUUAUAUUAACACGCUCACUAAA